AUGCCGAAGGCUGUCGAUUAUGAACGAAGUAAAAUCCAGCUCCAAGCAUUGAUGGAACUGAAGUCGAAAAUGGCGGAUCAGCUUCUCGACCUACAGCGACAACUUCAAGAAGCGAGAAAAGAAGCUCUGGAAAGUCGUGAAUGGAAAGAAGCGAAUCAAGACGAGUUAAGUUCGGCCGCCGAGCAGUUAGAAAUGGCUACGAUUGACAAGGAGAUGGCUGAGGAAAGAGCCGAGGCGCUGCAGUCUGAGCUGGACUCAUUGAAACUUCGAAACGAAGAACUAGAGGCGGAUCUUGAAAUUCUUCGUGAAGAAAUGGCUGCAGGUGGAGGUGGCGUCAUCAGUGAAGGAAAUAGUGUACAACUGAAGCAACUAGAAUUGCAGAAUGAGAGACUGAAGGAAGCUCUUAUAAAAUUGCGCGAUAUCAAUGCUGCAGCACAGGCUGAAAAGCAGGCAGCGGUACGAGAAGCAGAAGUUCUCAGAACGGAGAAUGUCGAACUUGUGAGAGCCGCUGAAAUUGCAAGAAAGACUGCUCUCGAUUCGGACAUGCGCAUUCAUGACUACCAAGAGCAGAUCGAGGCUGCUAUGGGAGCCGAGGAGAUGGUGAUGAACCUUGCCAACAAAAAUAUGGAAAUGGAAAAUCAAAUCAGGCAACUUGAAGCUGACAGAGACGAACUGGAAGCUCAUCGCGACAUGGAUGAGCAAAUGCUUGAGGAACAGAAACUCGUUGAAAAAGCGUUAUUGGGAGAAAUCGAGGGUCUUCACGUGAGAAUUAGCGAGCUGCAGCAAAGAAUGAAGCAAGAAGAUGAUCAUAGAGCUGAGCUUGUUUCAACCAUCAUGAAGUUUAGGAAGAAGGUUGGCGAGCAGAAUGAAGAAAUCCAAGAGCUCAAAGAUCAGGUGCUGAGGUAUCAAGAAGAGUUGAGUGGUCACAAAUCUGAAGAGAAUAGUAUGGCAAGUAUGGUCAGUCAGAUGCAAGUCAAUGUGAACAGGACAUUUGCUGAGUCCGUUGAACGCCAAGUUGCGGCCAUCGAGGUAGAGUGUGCCAGAAAGCACAUGGGAUAUCUGAAGCAGUUCCUCCCAGACAAUUUCACCAAAGCAGGAGGAGACAACGAUGCUGUGAUCCUGAAUGUGCUGUUCCCUCGUCUGGCAGCUAAAGCAAAACUCCUAACGAAGCUCAUCGCUGAACGGGUACGCCUUCAGUUCCUGGUGGAACACGUCGCGAACAUGUCACGAAAUCACACAAAGCCGAGCAUUGGGCCCACUCAGCUCGCAUUGCUUAUACCAUGA